GGAUAGCGUAAACAAAAUUCAAAAUCCAAUAUGGCGGCAUAUCCAAAUUUGAGGAACACCGCUGUAUGAUCAGUGAUUUUUUGUGUUCUACAUUUUCACAGUUUAUUGAGAUAGUCAUAUUAUCUUUAUUUAAGUAACAUUGGAGAUUUCAGGUAAAAGACAAAAUGGAAGCCACUGCGUGUGUGAAGGCAGUUGUGGCAGCUGCAAACUGCUACAGAAACAAUAAAAAUGAGGGGAAUCUCACCCAGCUCCAGAGGCAUUUAGAUGUGCUCAUCAGUAUCACUGGGAAGGGAUCAUCCCUGAAGUUCUUUGACCCGAAGCAGCUCCUCCCUACAGAAUGUCUCAGUUGUCUGGUGGACGUCCUCUCUGACCCUCAGACCAAACCCUCCUUGGCUCUCAAGACAAUGGUGCUACUCAGCAACUUAGCAAAUGACAGUGAAAUCCGUCACAUGUUACAUUCUGUGUUUCACCUGACGUCGUCAUUAGCAGCGUUCUUACGCUUGAGCGGGGCCACACCUGCAGACAGAUGCUCAGUACAGUGCAUGGAACUUCUCCAAAGAAUUACCUACAACAGCAAAAUAUCUUACCAGGAAACAUAUGUUGAAGAUUUGAUCAAUUUUGUUGUCAAGCACAUUCAAGGUAAAGAGACUGACAUGAGCCAAGCAUGCCUAGGGUUGUUUGCUAACAUGUGCAGGCAUAACUUCUCCAUACAGACGCAUGUGAAGAACUUGGACAACAUCAAAGUGAUCUACAAGACCCUAAUCUCCUACUUGUCCCAUAAGAAUCUGACUAUGGUGGUGUUUGCCCUCUCUGUACUGGCCAGUCUCUGUAUGCAUGAAGAUCUGGGAGAAAAGCUUUUCAACUCAAAGAACAUUCACCAGACAUUCCAGCUGAUCUUCAAUAUCAUAGUGAAUGGAGAGAGCAGCCUCACUCAGCAGUAUGCAGUGGAUCUGUUCAUUGAUCUCAUCAGAAACCCUAGGAUACAACACUCACUAGCAAUGUAUGACUAUUUAGGGGAAUGUAUCAAGCAGGUUUUAGGACUGUUGUCUUCUGCCGAAGCAGAGUGCGUAGCAAAGAUUUUAGAGCUUCUCCUGGCGUUUACCUCUGUACAAGGUGUGAGAGGGAAGAUCUGUCUGGCAGUCAUGGACUCCCCCUAUUUGAAAGUCAUGUCCCCUAAAACCAGCACCCCGGCCCAGAAGAGGUCUUCCCAGACCAACAAGACGCAGGCGUUCUUUGCGUUGGUGCACUGGGGAAGUCAGUCAGUGGACGUCGCAGACAACACUCCUAUGCUGGCACUGGAGUUACUGAAAGAAAUCUAUGAGGAGAUGAUAGAUUCCAAUCUUCUCACCAAGCUGUCACCCAGACUUGACGUCUCAUUGCCAAUGGUUACAGAGGUUCUGAUGUCACAGGUAGACAGCAGCGUGAACCUCAAAAAGAGGUGCAAGAAAAUUGUAAAGGCCAUCGAAUUAUUGAGUGUGCUGUGUGGAGAUGCUAACAUGAAGGCCCAUGUGGCCGACUCGGUGGACACCAAGACGUGUCUGGACUUACUGGACUACCAGUUUAACCACAACAGGAUAGCCAUCAACUUCAGCAGGAAGGCUACAGACCUGGAUGACUGGAAUGAAUCUGGUACAGAUGUGGUGCUGUGUACCCUGGACUUCAUGCUGAAAGCCAAGCGCUACGUCACCAACAUGGAGCAGGCUUUUACAAGAAUUCUACAAGACUCUAAGGUGGUUCCUUUCCUGGCUGCUGGGUUAACGUCUGACGUUAGGACCAGAGUCCAGACGUCUCUCAGGCUGGUCAGUGCAGGGGCAGCAGUAGAAGAUUUUCCAAGCUUAAUAUUGGGAGAUGCCAUUGCAGCAAUCAAUUCAGGAAGGAAAGCUAAGCCUGAAAAAUCCCAANUAUUGGGAGAUGCCAUUGCAGCAAUCAAUUCAGGAAGGAAAGCUAAGCCUGAAAAAUCCCAAGGGGACACAUUACCUAGCUCACACUACUCACAAUCAGUAUCAGAUGGUAUUCUACAAGACAAGGAGAACCUGCCAAGCGUGAGGGAGUCCUGUAAGCCUCCUCCCAAGAAGAAGCCGUCCAGGUCCACUUCUGCCAUGGAUGCCUCCAUACAGACUCUCAUUGACAAGAUGCAGAGCGGAAUGGAGUUAAAGGACAUUAGGGGCUCAGAAAUCAUAGAUUUAUAUGAACACAAACUUCAGUCCCUGCAGACCAAGGAAAACCACCUUCAAGAUCUGCUGGAAGCGAAGGCGUUGGCUUUAUCUCAGGCAGACAGACUUAUCUCUCAGUACAGGUGUAGACGUGCACAGUCUGAGGCAGAGGCUCACAAGCUGAGGUCUCUGCUCCAAGGGUCUGAGAAGAAGAGUGAAGAGUACAGGGAGCAAUUGAAUGAUAUGAUGUUAGACAGGGAGAGACUUCAGGAGGAACUGGAGGGGGCUGUGCAAGAAAACACCAGGUUAAACACAAUAGCAGAAGAACACAAGGAACUCUCUCAGCAGUUCACAGAACAGGCUCAGAGAUUGGAGAAUACUCAGAGGUCACUGUCCACACUGAAGCAGGAGCACCAGACCAUGUCUGAGAUGCAUGAAAUGCUGAGACGGCACAACGAGACGCUGAAACAACAACAUGAUGUAGCAUCAGAACAGCUUGUUGAACUUGAAGAAGAGAGAAAAAAUCUUUCUAAACAACUCAAGGAGAAAGACAGUGCAGUAACAGAAUUGACCAAAAAUAAUAAGAAACGUGAAGAACUACUUAAAAACUUGGAGAAAGAAAAGAAAGAUUUAGAACAAGCGAUUGAUAAACUACGAACUGAGCUGGCAAAGACGGAACAAAUGAAGAAAGAACUUCAGCAUCAGGUGAGCUCUCUAGAAGUCGUCUGCCACCAGCACGAGGCAGACCUGAGAGAGAAAGAGGCGAUUAUCAAGGAUCAGACGGCAGAGAUUGAAAAACACAACCAGAUUGCUGCUCUGAUACACAAUCUCAGCAAAGGAAAUAUUCCAGAGAUGAAGUGACAUUUCCCUUAUCAUAAGUCCAGUAAUCAGUCACCUUUAUUUUUAACAUGGCCACCAUUACAUGCUUGAUGGACAUUUUAUGUCAAAGAUUUGUUAAAAACUUGAUCUGAGUAGCAUUAAUAUAUUAUGUGGCAGUCUGUCUUCCAAUGUCGUAUUUCAUGAUAAACCAUUAUUUAUCAUCAUCAGAUUUAUAUUUCAUUAUUGAUAAUGAAAACAUGAGCUGUUUUCUGAAUAUCAGGUUUCCCAGCAAGGUGUAUAAAAACAUUGUACUGUGUAUUAUCAAUUUCAGACUUUUAAGAUGCCUGUAUGAAUGUGUUCAUGUAAGAAAUAGUAAGUAUUAAUAGUCAGCAACACACAUGCUCUAUUCAUAUUUUAUUGUAUAAAUUGUCUGUGUCUGCACCCAUUCUGAAAACAAUUGGAAUGUUCUGAAGCUUAUGAUACCACAUAUAUUAGGUAUAACAUUUUAAGAGAAUGUUCAGUCUGAUAAAUAAACUGGUGAACAGAAAUGGGUCUUUACUAAUUCUUGUUAUUUCUCAACAAAAAAGAUACACUUUUCUAUGUCACACAGCCAAAGCUACACCUUCACUGCUGAUCUUUAAUAAUUGCACUAGUUCUGCAUUUGUACUUUAUCAAUGAGCACUUAUUGGUAUAACUGUCAAAGUACCUGCCUUCUGUAAUUGUUCCCAAAAUUAUUUCUUUUCGUCACAAUAAGUUCUUUAUUAGCACUUAAAAAUAUAAUCUUUACAUCUAAUGAAAUGAUCACAUGGCAUCUUGGAAGCACUUCAGGAGUAUCAUUCAAAUAUCACAUUUGUUUGCCUCUGCUUUAAAUAUUACAUGUUUAAAUUGGCAAGUGAUCACAGCUAGGCAUUUCUAUUUCUCUAUAAUGAAUAUCUUCCUUGUCUAUGAAAAGACUGCUUCAGCCCAUCACUUGGAAAUUUUUGACUGCUGAAUUUGACACGCAAUAUUCAUUGCUGUGUCAAACUUAAAACAUUUAGUAAUAUGUAUAGUAGUAUGAGCAUUCAGUAAUAAUCUGGAAGACCAAUACAUGGGAA